GGCAUCCUGGCACCGGCGCAUUCUACCGAAAUCCUCUUCGCGAGAAGGCUGACAAGCCCAUCCUCAUGUCGCUGGGAGAGUAUGAGUUCAACUGCCUGGACGACGCCUUGAACUCCUGGCACUGUGUCAGUAUGCCUGAGUCCAUGUUCCGGAAGACGGUGCUCGGAAAGGCAGCUGCCGAUCCAGCAGCCGCCCUCGAAGCCAAGCAGAAGGCGGCCCUGCGACGGCUGGAUCGCGUCACUGGUUCCUAUGAGUACACUGUCACCGUGCGAAAAUCGCAGUUCGUUCCUCCAAAGAGCCAUCGCCGCCACGCUGGGCCAAUUAGUCCUCAGGCCGUUCAGCUUGAAAAGCUCGUGGUGGAUGUCGUGCCAGAGAUGGAGGGCUACAGGCUACGCGUUGAGUACGUUGGGGAUGGUCUGGUCGCUGCAUGGAACCGUGCCAACCCAUGCUUCGCCGUCCGACCCGGGGACUACAUUGUCAAGGUGGAU